UGGUAAGCCGAACAUACCAAUGGAGCGCCUCGCUGUAUGCUUCUGGAACAAUGUCAAGAAAAUUCCAGCAACGACCUCUGAUCUCUGAUCUUUUUCAACUUUUUAGAGGGGGCCCACAUGGCAGGUGCAUGGAGACGGAGAUCCCCGCGCAUUCUCCGGCCUUGCAGCCUCUAGGCGAACUUGCCCGCAGCACAACAAAAUAUACAACAGUCAGUCACCAAUGCCUAUUUGGUCAAUCAGACUGGACGGUUUGUUGUUUGCUUCCAAGAGAGCACUGUUGAUGGGUGAGCCUUGAAACACAUGCGCCAGGAGUCUCCCCUUGAUGUGUCUCAUUUGGUGGAACCCCCCCCCUUCCCAUCCAACCCUCAAACCACUCAGCUGCAUCCGGUCAAUCGCGGGGCCACAUUCUUCACGAGGCGGUUUCACACCCAAAUCUCUCGAUGGAAUGCGCAUGAGCCACCCAAGGGGACCACCGCCGGACCACUCUCAAUGCGAUAGUCGCAUUUUCAUCCGCGUUGCCCAGACCUCAACGCAGUCUGCCAGUCUGCCGAGGGCCUAAACAUGAAAAGAGUUAGUCCGUUGCCUUCCCAUUCCAUGCCGCUCCAUCAUGCUCCAUCGAGAGUAUACUCCGCGCCCGCCGCCAUGCUGAGCGCCCGUGGAACCGGGUGAGUCUAUCGCCGCGAUAGCCAUUUCUCAUGGCCAAAAUUCUGGCUGGAACGCCGCUGACAGCUCCACCGAUGCUCGUCAAAAAUACCUUUCUUCCAUCAAACGUUUUCCGUGUCUCAGCAGAUUCUUUGUCCACGUCAGGCCGCGAUAGUGGGAGGGAUGGCGAAUAAAAGUUUCGCCCCGAAGUAUACGGUCCUGACUCGGCCCUCUCAUGCAGUAGUAGAAAACCCUUGCCUCGUCGCAUCAUUUCCCUCUCCAUCCCCGGUUCCAAGCUAUCAGAUUUUGUCUUCUUACUUGAACGGCUGUACCACCGCUUUCGCGUUCGCUUUGGAGUGACACUUGUUUCUCUCCACUGUCGAUACAACCUUGCACUUGCACUUGUACAUUGCACAUAUUUUAUCUCUUGGGCAGAUCCCGACCACCAAUUGUCAAUUGUCGGAUUCAACAUUUCCAUAAGCGCCCAUUUUAUGGGUAACACUACCACCUGAUUUUCCAUUCUAUGGGACUAUAGCCGAAAGAUCAGAUUCUGUCGCUUGUUGCAGCGCAGUGGCCGACCGGCGCGCCGUUAAGCUCUCCCCAUCGAUCUGCAUCGGCCAAGUGGAACCCCUCCCGAUCAUUCCGUCGUUACUCUAUGGACGCAUUGGGCUUGGUAGACCACUUUUAUCGACCGUAUCUACCUCAAUUGCUGGCACUCCGAUUUUGUCAUUGACAGAUUUAAUUUGCCAUAUACAAUUUGGAUUAACUGCAGAUUGAGGUCAUCGUGGCAAACCGACUAGAGGUUCUACCAUACAUGUCGAGCCACUAAUUCCCUUCGACUGUUGUCGACAUGCCAUCUUUGAGAUCUCGCAAUCAUAGCCGUACCGGGCAGGUUCCCGUGGUUGAAGCUGCUAGAGCUCGAAAAAUGCGACACUCAGAUAUGGUGAACACCGCUACCCAGAAAAGCUAUCGACCCAUCAUUCACAGCUCAACAACUGCCAGCGACCCUAAUGAGCCUCUCACAGUAUUCGCGCCACAUGAUUGCUCGAAGAUUGCAGGCGGCUCAACACCCCCGGCGGCCAAUGUCGCUCCUGCCGAAAUUCUACUUCAAAUUUAUUCCAUGUUAACCCCUCGGGACUUUGACAAUGCCCGACGGACAUGCUCACAAUGGAUGAGAGUCAGUCUCAACCGCAAGCUGUUGGAAGGAAUGCUGAAACGGGCUGGAUGGUGGGAUGCUUACAAGCAAGAUGCCGAGAAACAACGGGUUCUUCAUCGCCCAUCCAGCGAAGAAAGCGAAGUUUGGAGAAUGAGCAAGCGAUUUGCAACCGAAUGUCUACUCUCUGGGAGAAAGGCCAAUGUCGAAAAGUCGGGUUUCGUGAAAUCGGAAAUCGUCGACUUCUCCGGGCUGUCCAAGGGGACGAGCUCGAAGUCUCGGAGAUUCUCUAUGAAUGAAGUAUCGAAAGCUGCUCGAAAUGGAAGUUCGUAUGCAUCUUCAACUUUCAGCGUGAGCAGUUGCAGUAACUACGUUCUUGCGACCACUGGCUGCAUGAUCUAUGUGUUCCGAUUACAUCCACGGAGGAUGAAAUCGAUGCUCUCAGCGAAUCUGGCAGACAUGGAUCUGGAACCAAUUUCAACUAUCGAAUGCCCAUUCGAGGUUCUAUCCGCAACUUCCGACACUACUACUUCAAGCCUUGUGGUCGCCGCUUUGUUGCAAAAUCGAGUUGGUAUGGUCUGCGAUGUGGAAAUACCUGAUCACGCUUCUCAUGCUGCUGGUCCAGCAACGACAACGCGGUCACCCAAGUCCACAGGACAUCAGCAGCGUCAACGUAGAAUGUCGAGAACAAGUAACUCAUCUCCACACUUCUUUUACGAUCUCUGCUCGGAGGAUCACCCCCCACGAACAAUUGCACUCUGCCCCGGUCACCGAUGCGUGGCAUUCGGGUGUGCAGGAGGCAUUGAAAUCCACUGGGUGGACGAGACAACCCACAAAGACCAACGGAGACACUUCCCCAUGUCCCAACCCUCUGAGGUCCUCCAUUUCCUACCUAGCACUCUUGAAAAUCCCUCAGAACUACGCCUCAUCUCAUCUCUCGCUGGUCCGGGAGUCCACGAGUGCGCAUGCCGACAAUCUCCCUCCCCAGACCAUCUCAAGAAGUGCCAAUUUCACCUCCUCACCGACGUCCACUCUCUGAAUCGUCGUAGCCCACCCAAUACAUCCUCCCUCAGCCUUGUGCGAGCUACGCACUGCCACCAUUAUCGCGCUGUCCCCAUUAACGACGGUUUCCACAUUAUCUUUGUGGAACCACGCACCGGCCUCCUCUGCAUCGGAUCUGAUGCUCCAAUCGGUGGCCCAACGAGUCUAACAAGGGCCUUCGUAUGCGUCCCACCCUUCGGCAAAGACCCAACAGAAAGCAUCAAAGAAGCCCGCGUCCCGACCGUCUUCACCGUCGGCUCAGAUCUAAGCUGGGGUCUCCGCGUCGUCGCCGCAUAUCAGGACCGCAUCGUCCUAUACUCCAUCCCGCUAGAUGUCUUCAACGUGAUCCGCAAAGAGCGCGAGCGCCAAGGUGAAGGCGUAAUGGGCGAUAGCGACCUCGCGCGAGACUGGUUCGUCGAUUCAGAGCGCUUCCGCAAACGUCGUGAGAGUCUGGUCCAGAAUCAGAAUGGGGACUGGGAGUUCUUGUUGAGCGUCAGUUAUAGACCAACUGCUAUGAUGUGGCCAUUCAAGAUCUAUGGGAAGGAAAUCGGUCGUGUGGAUAAUGUGGUCGAACUGGCGCUGCAGUCUUCGAAUGGUGGUGCCCGGGUGUGGGCUUUCGGUGCCGCGGGUGAAGCGCACGUUUUUGAUAUCGACACCCUCACAUCGACUGCCCAGACUAUGGCGGAGUCACCGUGCAAGGUGGUGACCGUUGGUUUGGAUGGGAGUGUAGAGACUGCUCGACAAGUUGAUCGUGCGGCGCUGAGCACUUCUCCAUUGGAAGAAUCACGAAAGCGCAAGUUUACCGAGCUACGGGAUGAUUUUGUCGGGCGAUAUGGGACGAGCCGAUUCGUUCCAAGCCUGACAUUGGAUGGCCUCGAGCCUACUAGUACCGUUGCCGCUGCACUAGCCCAGAGUGAGGAUUCCUCGAUCAGACGCCCGUCGUUCGCGGCGUGUAUUGUCGAUUUCAAGAUUCCUGAAUUGGGGCCUCGAGAAGGUCGGUGGAGAGAUAGUGGGACCGAAGGUUGAGUAUUGAAGGGAGGCCUUUAUUACUGCAGUUCUCAUGCUGGUCAUGCAUCUUGGGUUCUAUUUGGAUUACUUGCACAUAACCGUUUGCCAUUAGGGUGAAUUGAACAUAAGAGCUAUGUUUCCUUUCUUCGUAAAGUGAGCUCUCCAAUAGAGAUUCUUAUGUUACUGCCAAAGCCAAAGCAUUUCCAUACUUGGUUCUGGCGACUAUAAUAGAGCCGCUGAGGAG